CAUGCCGAUUUUAGCCAUAUAAACGCCGGGUGAGGGUAUAUGUAGCACGGAUGCCAUCGUUAUAUACCAAGGUCUCCGCCCACCUACACCAUUCCCUCGAUUAUGACCCUAGUCUCAAAUGAUCCCGCUUGGUGGGAGCUAAUCAAUUCCGCUCGUUUCAACAGCUAUUUUUUAGUUGCUGCUUGUGCUGCGGUGAUAUACGAUUGGGUACUGACAUUCGAAGAAGAGAUUGAACUGAUCUGGAGGCAACGUUGGUCCCUCAUAACUGUUCUGUAUCUCGUUAUACGCUAUAUUGGGAUACCAUAUUCUGCCUCUUAGAAAUUCUUGACUACCUUUUUGGUUCAAUAUAUUGACUACAGGUGCAAUAUUCUGUACUCCGCAAUAAGUUGCACGAAUGUGA